UUGGUGUGUGAGUGCGCGGGUCAGUCGGCCGUGUGGUCGUGUGUCCUGGUCACGAGCUGCAGCAGCUGGAUUACACAUCACCACUUUUAUUUUAUUUUAUUUUAUUUUGCCUUCUCGGAUGCUUGUGACUGUGUAGGCUACAUGCACAGGGACUGUUGUUGUACCGUAGCUUAGUAUUUUUCAGCGCGCGGACUCUGACACAUCCCAGAUUGAGGCACUGAGCUCAUGGUACAGGAGAUUUUUUUUUUUGCCUCCGUUUGGUUUUGCUCAUAAUGUAACCGGAGGAUCUGCGGGAAUGCACUUCAUCAUCUGUGUGAUAAAGCACAUGUAAGCAAGUCUUUACAUGUAAGCAAGUGUUUAACUCGGACAGAUCGGAGUUUGUCUCUGUCGCUGGUUUAAAGGACAGUGUACUGGUCGUAAAUGGAUCGCCAUUCCAGUUUUGUUUCACUUUGGCUUCAGCUGGAACUCUGCGCCAUGGCCGUGCUCCUAGCUAAAGGAGAGAUCAGGUGCUACUGUGAUGCUCCACAGUGUGUGGCCACUGGAUACAUGUGCAAGUCGGAGCUCAACGCCUGUUUUACCAAGGCUUUGGACCCAUUUAACACAAACUCCCCAUUAACACACGGAUGUCUAGACCCGCUGUUAAACUCGGUGGAUGUGUGUGCUCAGAAGGGCUCGGACAUUUCAAACGGAGGACCUUCUCCUAUUGAUUGCUGUCACGAUGAUAUGUGCAACUACCGGGGUUUACCCAGUAUUGUUCACACACGAAGUGGCCCUACAGAUCCUUAUCAGUCGGCCGGCUCAAACCAGAACCUGAUCACACGAGUUCAAGAAUUAGCCUCGGCGAAGGAGGUGUGGUUCCGGGCAGCUGUGAUCGCCGUGCCCAUCGCCGGAGGCCUGAUCCUGGUGCUGCUCAUCAUGUUGGCACUCCGCAUGCUGCGCAGCGAGAACAAGCGGCUCCGGGUCCAGAGGCAACAGAUGCUUUCACGCUUGCACUACAGCUUCCAUGGACAUAACCACGCCAAGAAGGGCCACAUGGCAAAAUUGGACCUGGAGUGCAUGGUGCCGGUGACUGGCCAUGAGAACUGCUGUGCAGGCUGCGAUAAACUUCGGCAGGCCGAACUGAACGGACAAGGGGGCGAACGCUUCCUCUCCCUUGUGCACUGGGGCAUGUACACAGGCCACGGCAAACUCGAGUUCGUAUAACUAGUGACUACUUCACUGUGCCUACGUGCUGGGACUGAACUCGCUCGCUGGUCUCUGGGCAUCAGAGCCAGGACGUUCACUGUGUUUUAACUGUGUAGCAUUUUGUUGCUGUGCUAUUAUUAUUAUUAUUAUUGUAAUUAUUAUUAUUUUCCAUUUACAUUGUAAUUUUAUUGUUUUUCUUUGUAAAUGGAGAGAGAAAUGAAAAGGCCACAGAUGUUUGCCUUGACUGUUUUUUUUUCCUUGAUGGAGCACUUUACUUGAAUUAGAGCUUGAAAGGGCGGAGUUUGUUGAAAUAAGCCUUUCAAGCCCUGUCCUGUGGAUCCUUGACUGACACUGAAGACUGAAGGAUUCAUCUUAUUUGCACAUUUGUAUAAAAUGGAGAUGAAAAUACUUUUGCAUUUUGGAAAAAAGAAAAAAAAAACCAACAACAACAAACUGACACCAGGGUAAAAUAUGAUCUUUUUUUUUUUUUUUUUUUAAUUCAGUCAAGUUCUAUAAAUAAAGGACUGUGUUGACUG